CGCCACCAUCUCGCCCGCGCCGCCGCCGCCGCCAUGGCGGAGGACAGCAACCGGGAGGCGUACAAGGUGCCCCCGACCCGCACCCCCGUCUCCGAGAGAACCUCGUCGCUGCCGGACCCCACCGCCUUCUUGCGGACCGCCUUCAGCUACAUCGUCGAUGCGCCCGUCACCUUCGUGCGAGAGUGGAUCGAGCGCCAGCAGGCCAAGAACAAGUACUACUACUACCACCAGAAGUUCCGCCGUGUGCCCGACCUGAGCGAGUGUAUGGAGGGAGAUUACCUCUGCUUCUAUGAGGCCGAAGCACAGUGGAGGAGGGACAGGAUGGUGGAUCAGGAAAUUGUGGAGAUAGUCCGGGAAAGGCUUGGUGCUUGCAAGCAGAGGGAGGGACCCAACCAGUUCCAGAACUGUGCCAAGGAGGCAGAGCUGCUGGCACAGGUUACCAAAGCCUACCAGGACAGAUAUGGUGAUCUUGGUGUCCAUGGAAAUGCAAGGACUUGCCUGAUGAAGCAGAAGCAGAGGAUGAUGGACGAGAGGAAAGCACAAGCCAGUGCCUCUGAGUAGGUGUGAAUGGUUCACAGGUCCCCCUGUGGUGCUGGUACCCGAUUCUGCAUGCUGCAUCUUUCAGCUCUGAUGCUGUUGACCUCUACAAUAAAUGUGCAGAACAGCACAUCUGCCAUACA